AUGGUGUCCCUCCCGCCAAUGUUUAACCGCCGUCGGCGACACGAAGAUGGCCCUGGACUACCGACGCAUAACAAGCACUCCUCGUCGGGUCGGCGUGACAGCAGCGCAACUCGCGUCCUCAUCGAGGAGUACAGCAUGCGGCGACGGCCAUCGAUAAAAUUGUGGAUCAAGCUGCACUGGUUGGACUUGUUGACUAUGGCCAUUUUUGGCGCAAUCACUCUCGGUAUCUUCCAAGCGCCUCUUGUAACCCACCGUCCGUUCCCCGUUCGCCACAACAGCAACCCCGAUGGAUCAUCCCAAGGCGGCUCAUCUUCCCCCUCUGGCGACGUCGUCUAUCCCGAGUUCGCCUACCCGCACCGGCCGCAGAUCGUGCCCAACUGGGCCGCCACCAUCGCGGCCAUGUUCUUCCCCAUCCUCGUCAUGGCAUUGGCCCAGAUUCGCGUGCGUUCCUUCUGGGACUUUUCCAACGGCGUCAUCGGCCUGCUCAACGCGCUCGUCCUCAGCACCUUUUGCCAGAUCCUGCUCAAGUGGCUGAUCGGCGGGCUCCGGCCCAACUUUUACGACACGUGCAAGCCGGACGUGUCCCUGGCAGCCAGCAGGAACGAGAGCGGCACCGAGGGCGUCGGCUUCGGCGGCAUCAUGUACACGUCUGCCAUCUGCACGGGCGACAAGAAGGACAUUGACAAUGCGCUCGAGAGCUGGCCCAGCGGCCACACCACGGCCGCCUUUGCCGGCUUUGUCUACCUCAGCCUGUACCUCAACGCAAAGCUCAAGGUGUUUGCCAACCACCACCCGGCGCUGUGGAAGUUGGCCCUCGCCUACUUUCCCAUCCUGUGUGCCGUCCUCAUCGCCGGGUCGCUGUCGGUCGACGGCAGCCACAACUGGUACGACAUCCUGACGGGUAUGGUCAUCGGUAUCACGUUUGCGCUCUCGGCGUACAGAUCCGUGUACGCGUCGGUCUGGAACUGGCGGACCAACCACAUCCCGCUGCACCGUGGCCUGCCGUUCGGCGAAGGGGAGGAGGACGUGGUGGGCAUGCGAUGGACCAUGACCAGAAAGGCUGGGUGGGGAAGGCGGACCAAAACCAAAGGGAUGCGGUUUGGCAAGAAGAAGCGAGGCACCGGUGGUGGUGUCGUCGGUGGUGAGAAGCACGCGGCUGACCUGGGGCACGGGAACGGUAUGGCCCCCACCAAUCACUAUGAGGGCAACAACGUCAACAACGGCACGGCAUUUGGUGCCGGAUCUACGAUGCCAGACUCAGCAGCGAUGCGACAUGACUCUGGCGUCCCCCCACAGCAUGAAGUGCGACGUGGGAGAGAUGAUUUUGUCUAG